AUGUUUUGCAAUGCGAUACGACGUCGUUUUGCAAAACGCAACGAAACUUCUCAUGAUUCAGCAGAUUCCGUCAUAGUACAAAUAAGAGGGAAUCUCGACCAUCCAGAUGCACAUGGUGCCUUCCAGUACCUUAAACGCGGUCAAACGCACGUCCUCAGCAAGGACGAUGCCAUCGCGAAGAAAUGGAAGGAGCUGCUCGACAACGACCCAGCCAUUGCAACACGUUUUGCACAAAUGCCCUCCGUCUCGCCACUCCAUAUUACCUUGCUCACUGAUCAAAACCGUCCUUCUUUGGCGCCCUCCAUCUUGCUCAUUCAGAUGAGGCGGUCCUUGUUGAAAUACUCCUUGACCGUGGUGUUCUCGGCUCGCUCGAAUCGUGAAGCAGUCCUCCUUAAAGUCCUCCUUGACCGUGGUGUUCUCAGCUCGUUUGAAUCGCUAGCAGUCAUAUAUCUUGUCCUCCACCGCCGCGUCUCGAAAACGGACGACCAAGACAAGGACAAGGGCAUCUGCGAGAGAGAUGAUGACAGGAAGGGUGGUCAUACAGAUGUCCACUUGGCAAGACGGAAGAAUCAGGAGGAGAUUUGGGUGUUAGAAGAUGCGACGGCAACGCAUCAUGCCAGGAUGGAGUGGAGGGAAGCGGAAGCAGAAUGUGGAAACAAACCAAUCGGGAAUUGCUGA